CUGUGUUUCCCUUCUCGCGUUGUGUACUGCUGCCGGUGGUGGUGGUGGUGGUGGUGGUGGUGGUUGUAGUGGUGGUAAAGAGAAAGAGAGAUAGAGAAGGAGAGACGAGAGAGGGAUAGAUUGAUAGAUAGAGAAGGAGAGAGAGAGAGAGAGAAAAGGAGGAGGGGUAGACCGUUGGGCGUCGCGACGCUUUAAAUCUCGAUCUCGCCUCGAACGAGUGGAGGGGAAGGUGGGGGUAAGGCUAGUCCGGGUUACGCUUCGAGCGAGUCCGAACGGAAGGCAAUCUUCUUGAAUCCGGCGGAGCGCGAAGAGGCUAACUCGUUGUGCCGGAUUAAGAAAAAGAGAAGGAGUUAUAUUGUUGAUUAAUUUCUUCUUCUUCUUCUUCUUCUUCUUCUUAUUAUUAUUAUUAUUAUUAUUUGUUAUUUCUUUGACAUAAGAGAAAGGAAUAAUAAGAGAUAAGAAAAGAAGAGGAGAAAAAAGAAGAUUAAAGAAGAGAAGAAAGAAGGAAUAGAGAAACUUGCAGCGAUGGAAGACGAUCGUAGGAGCUUACGUGAUGUUGUGCUCGUGUCACGUUGAAGAGGAAGGCUCGCCUCGAGCGAGCUGCUAUCCGACCUCGUCGUCGUCGUCUUACCGUUUUCGUCGAUGUCGACGGCAACGAGGAGGAGGCAACGUGCCGCCGUCGCUACCGCUGACGGAAAGUAGGAGGAGGAGGAGGGGAAAGUGGUGGAGGUGGAGGAGGAGGAGGAGAAGGUAAAAGAGGAUCCGAUUGCGUUUUGCAGAGGUGCCUCCUUUGUGCCCGAAACGAGAGAGAGAGAGAGAGAGAGUAAGGCAGAGAGAGAGAGAGAGAGAGAGAGGGAGAGGGAGAAAGAGAAAAACGGAUAGACAGACAGAGAUAUAGGAACGAGACAAGAAAGUGCGAGUGUGUGUUAAAGGAGGACGGAAGGCGAGGGAGGAGCCGGUGCACACAGCCGGUGGAGGGGGUCCAGCCGAGAUCUCGUCUGGUGAUGAUGAUCGGUGGUGGCGUCGCGAGCCCUCCUGGUACUGCCAAGUCGGUGGCUGCGAUCGACGGCGAGAUGGUGCAGGUCGAGGGCAUUGGCAGUGGUAGUGUCAGUGGCAGUGCUAGUGGUAGUGGUAGCCCAGCGACCGCUUCUACGCGACUACCAAAUAACACCAACGCCAACGGCAGUAGCAGCAAUAAUAAUAAUAAUAAUAAUAAUAAUAAUAAUAAUAAUAAUAAUAAUAUUAAUAAUAAUAAUAAUAAUAAUAAUAAUAAUAAUAAUAAUAAUAGUACUAGUAAUAAUAAUAGUAAUAAUAGUAAUAACGCGAAUCCGAAUUCAAACGCGAGCAAUAGCGGUGGCAACGGCAACAACGGGAGCAACAAUAAUGGCCAGGGCGGGGGGGACGUAAGUAGCAACAAUAAUAAUAAUGACGGACACGCGGUGCUGAAUUGCAGCGGCGCCGGGAGCGCCGCAAGUGACAAGUUUUGCUGCCACGACGAGGAUGUUCCCGUGAGCACGGCAGUAGCGCGACCUUGGGAACCACCCUCACCGACCUUCUCGCAGACGAGGUCGCAUCUUCUUCAGGUUCAUCCGACUCAUCAUCAUCAACAUCCGUCUGCUCAUCCUCACCAACAAAUGACCGUACCGCCGGCUUCCCUUAUCGACGGCGUGAGCUUGCAGAGCUGUACAGCGGGACCAUUCGCGAGUGGUAAUGGCGGUGGUGCAUCGCGGCAACGUUUGCUCGAAUUGUCCCAUGGAUUGGGUGCUCUUAGACAUUACAACGAUUUAGCCAAUCACGUGUUAUCCCUCAACCAACAGGGUGCUGUUGUCACGAAACUUUUAGGUACUCUACGUCCGCCAGGUCUGAUCGGUGGAAGUAAACCAAAAGUUGCGACGCCUGCCGUAGUUGCUAAGAUCGAGCAAUACAAAAGAGAAAAUCCAACGAUAUUCGCUUGGGAAAUAAGAGAAAGACUAAUAUCCGAAGGUGUGUGCAGUAACGCGACGGCACCGUCGGUGAGCAGUAUCAAUCGGAUAUUAAGAAACAGAGCUGCGGAAAGGGCCGCCGCGGAAUUUGCGAGGGCAGCGGGUUACGGAUUGUAUGCGGCCGGGCCGCACCCGUAUUUCAAUUCGGCAGCUGCAGCAGCCGCGGCCGCUCAUCAGCAUCCAACGACGAGUCAUCAUCUUCCAAGUGGAUGGCCUGCUCCAGGAGCUGCUGGACACCCCUGGAUGCUGCCACCCUUGGCAACUGGUAUCUCAGGGGCGGCUUCGGCAUUGCUUUUACCACCAUCGUUGAGUCCUGGUGCUGCCGCAGCAGCGGCCGCUGCCGCAUCGGCUUCCGCUGCUGGCACUGCCGAUCACGCAUUGCACGCUGCCGACGCCAUCGCUAGAGGAUACUUGCAAGAUGGUGACGGUGACGACGGAAGUUUGGACGGUUCCGAGCAGCCAAAGUUCCGGCGAAAUCGCACCACCUUCAGUCCGGAGCAGCUCGAGGAACUCGAGAAGGAGUUCGAGAGGUCGCACUACCCUUGCGUAUCGACGCGCGAACGGUUGGCUUCGAAGACCUCCCUCUCGGAGGCACGCGUACAGGUUUGGUUUUCCAACAGACGGGCAAAGUGGCGUCGUCAUCAGCGAAUGAACCUCUUAAAGCGUUCGCCACCACCGCCGCCGCCGCCGCCGCCGCCGCCACCGCCGCCGCAGCCGCGGCCGCACUCCGCGUCCAGCAUGGAAAUCGGCCGUACGUCGGGCUGCUCAAUCGCAGGAAUGGGAGGCGAAAGUAGCGCUUUUCGUGCGGUCGUUACGACUUCGUCACAAUCUACGAGGGAGUCUAACGAGAGGAUUGGUGGUAGGCUCGAGUCGAUCUCGAAACAGCAACAACAACAACAACAACAACAACAACAACAAACGGAAAAGAAACCAAGCGCUUUUCGUAUGAUCAGUCAGCUGGUUGGCGAGGAUUCGCGUUCGAAUUUGUCACGAGCUACGAGUCCUAACUACGAGAUUCAAAGAUCUGGUCAUGGACCUGGUGGACCUGGUUCCGGUCAAAGAAUGGACUAUGAGACCAUCGAGGACGAGGACGAGGACGAAGAAAUCGACGUACAAGAUUCCGAUCAGGAUGUCCCAUCUUCGCCGCCGGUCGCGUGGAGAGAUCAUUGGACCGAUCAGCAGCCUCUCGAAUUGACCAAACACGAUCGUUGAAUUUGGCAGAGAGUGGGAGAACCGGAAGAGGGAACGAGGAACUUCGACGAAGGAGGAAAUAAAAGAAUAAGAGAGAAUUAAUUUUCCUCGCGAUCGUACGGUAGUGAUUAUCAUUGUUUCCGAGUGUGAACUUAUGGUGUGAAAAAAAGAAAAAUUUUAAACAAAAUUGAAAUAAAUAAAAAAAGGAGUCUCCAGAGUUAGUGUCUCAAGUGAGAGAAUGAUAAACGUUCGUUGUAAUGAGAUCUCAAAAGAGGAUUGUCUUCUUUGAGAAUGAGAACUCUCGUUGAAUCCUUUUUUUUUGAGAUUCCUACGAGAAAGGACAAUAUAUAUAUAUAUAUAUAUAUAUAUAUAUAUAUAUAUGUUUUUGUUUUUUUUUAUUCUUAUAGGAAAAACUCUCGUCGAAUCGUUCGAGUGUCAUCGUAUCGUGGAACUCGUAUUAUCGAUUAUUAUCACAUUGGAAGAACGGAAGCGAUAAUAAUCACUCGUUAACAUUUUCAAUACGCGAUUCUCUUCUCUGUCAAACUAAUGUCUUUAGUACCUAUCAAGCUACUUAUUACGAUUACUACGAUCGAUUUACUUGCGAAUACGAUUAACGAUUAAGUGCUAUCGAGUAUCGCUGUGUAAUAUUAAAAAUGCAAUAUCAUCAG